AUGUCAAGUCUUCUUCAACCCCUUGUUGUCGGUAAGCAACUCAGCUUAUCUAAUCGUGUGUUUAUGGGCUCAAUGACACGCAAUCGACGGGUGAAUGAUUGCAAGCCCGGGAGUGAACAAAUCCAGCACUAUUCGCAACGCGCGAAAGACGGCGCAGGACUUAUCAUCGCAGAAGGCACUUUCAUUGACUGGCAAGGCUGUGGCUGGAAGUGGGCACCUCUCAUGAUCACCGAGGACCAUGCACAAGCAUGGGAGAAGGUCACGGCGGCUGUACAUGCACAGGGUCAGAAGAUCUAUUUUCAGCCAUGGCAUCUUGAAAAGAAUCAUUCGGUAGUUGCACCCUCCAAGAUUCCGGCCCAGGGGGGGAAAUACCGUGAUCUUCCUGGCACUCCGGGACAUACUCAUCAUAUCACCGAAAUCAAAGAUCCGCGUGAUUUCGUCAACAUGUAUAGACGUUCUGCCAUUCUCGCUAGAAAGGCAGGUUUCGAUGGUAUCGAGCUUUUAGCUCAAGGUGGAUAUCUCUCUCAACAAUUCCUCAACUCGCGCGCGAACAUCCGCACCGAUUCGUAUGGUGGCUCGGUUGAGAACCGGUGCCGAUUCAUCCUGGAGGUGUCCGAUGCCUUGGCCGAAGUUUUCGGUUCCGAGUUCGUAUGUAUCAAAAUCUGUCCCACGGAUCAGACAAACGACUCUGUGGUCACUUUUGAAGAAAUGCAGGAUAUCUACACAUAUCUCAUCGAAGAGCUUGUCAAAAGGCGGGUUGGCAUCAUCAACCUUUCUCGACGCGGCGCAAACCACAAUACCGGAACAGGAGACUUCUUCGGGAACACUACGAGGCCGGGUGAAUUUCCUCUACCCUUGGGUCAUGAUCCGGUCAUGGACUUCGGACCUUUAGUCAAGUUUCCUAAUAGUCCUUCGAAGCUUAUGGCCAACUACGAUUAUACGGUUGACGAAGCAGACCGUCUAGUCCGUGAUGGCAAGUUGGAUUUGAUCACAUUCGGCCGGCCUUUCAUUUACAACCCAGAUGUGAUCUUUCGAAUCCAACAUGGCAUUCCAUUUGCAGAGAACGACCGAGGCACUAAUGUCCAUUAUGGACCGUUCGAGAAACCAAGUCAAAAAUAUAACGAUUGGCCCGUGGCUGUUUCUUAA